AUGGGAUCUGAGUUGGCAACCGAGAAGGUUCUCGGAAUGUGGUGGUGUACAGACACAGAUACAUUCACCUACAAGCUCUCUCGAAAACACGACCCUGAACUCCUGACAGGAGCGCGAAAGCCCUCAAAAAGAGAGGUUCUACGCACACUCAUGUCUAUUUUUGACCCUUUGGGUCUGCUCUCCAACGUUCUUAUCGGCCUCAGAAUACUGUUCCAGGAAAUCUGGCGGUCCGCUAUAAAUUGGGAUGACGAAAUUCCGGACAGCCUACACGAAAAAUGGGAUCAAUGGUUGCACAUUCUACCGCAAUUACAAGACAUUUCAAUUCCGCGUUGCUACCGUUCCCUGACGUCAAUAAACUCGGACAUGCUGAUACAGUUACACACUUUUGUGGAUGCGAGUGAGUUGGGGUAUGCGGCUGUAGUGUAUUUACGGUUUCAACAGGGUAACACCGUGGAAUGCAUGAUCGUCGGGGCCAAAUCGCGAGUUGCGCCACUUAAAUUCGUAUCCAUCCCGAGGUUGGAACUUCAAAGCGCCAUCAUUGGUACCAGACUUGCGAACUCAAUUUGUGAAGCUUUGUCCUUUAAGAUCACAGACAGGUUUUUCUGGACAGAUGCUCGAAACGUUCUGUGUUGGUUGCGUUCCGACCAUCGCCAAUAUUCUCCAUACGUAGGUUGGCGAGUCAGUGAAAUACUGGAUUCAACUGCUAUCAAGGACUGGAAGUGGAUUAGCUCGAAGGACAAUGUGGCGGACGAGGCGACUAAAUGGAGACGGUCGGUCGAUCUUGAUAGCCAAAGUAGGUGGUUCAGAGGACCUCAAUUCUUGUGGCAGUCUUCUGACAAAUGGCCAUGCGAACCCUUCAGCACCAACAUUACCAAGGAAGAGAUUAAGGCGAAUCUUCUAUACCACAAAGCAACACCUCAGCCGCUGUUCCAAGCAGCAACAUAUUCGGAAUGGAACCGGCUGCUAAAAACAGCAGCAGGGGUACUUAGGUUUAUUGGUAAUAUUCGGCUGAAAGGUACAGAACGCAAUACGGGGCCGUUUACCAAACAUGAGCUUCUAAACGCAUCAAACCUACUCUAUCGUGAAGCUCAAAGUGCGUCGUUCUCCGAAGAGAUACUCAUACUAUCGAAAUCCGAAAUGUCUAAAAAGGCGAUUCCAAAGUCUAGUUCUAUAUUCACUUUGAAUCCAUUUUUAGAUGGAAAGCGAGUAUUAAGAAUGCAUGGCCGGAUUAGUGCUUGUGAAUAUGCCACCAUGGAUGCCCAAAAUCCGAUAAUACUUCCGAGGGACCAUCACAUAACAAAGUUACUAGUGCGAGAUUAUCAUUUGCGGUAUCACCAUCGUAACCAUGAGACCGUUCUGAACGAGAUAAGGCAAGUGUAUAGGAUUCCAAAGCUGCGUCCAUUGUUACGGAAAGUUAGAUCAGAAUGUCAAACGUGCAAAAACCAGCUUGCUUUCCCUAAACCUCCUCCAAUGGCCGAUCUUCCAACUGCUAGAUUAGCAGCUUAUACAAGGCCUUUUUCGUAUGUCGGAAUUGACUAUUUUGGACCCAUGUGUGUGGCAGUAGGACGACGAAUAGAGAAACGUUGGGGCGUUCUGGUAACGUGCCUAACGAUAAGGGCGGUACAUUUAGAAGUUGCGCACUCGCUAAGCGCGGAUUCUUGCAUCAUGGCAUUGCGAUCCUUCAUGUCCAGGCGAGGAGUUCCAAUUCUAAUAUAUAGUGAUCGUGGGACCAACUUCAUUGCAGCGAGUAAGGAACUGAGAGAGGCAUUACGCGAAAUGGAUCAGCAAAGAGUCAUUCGAGAGAUUACCAGUCAACAUACCGAGUGGACAUUCCUUCCUCCUGCUUCUCCGCACAUGGGCGGUGCUUGGGAGCGCCUCGUUCAGACAGUGAAGGUGAACCUGCAAAGGAUGCUACCAACGAGACGCCCCACCGAUGAAGUACUGCGUAAUACUCUAGCUGAAGUUGAAAACCUUAUCAAUUCACGUCCGUUGACGCAUGUUCCUGUCGAUGACCCCGAGGCGCCGGUAUUAACACCAAAUCAUUUCAUACUGGGUUCAUCCAGCGGCCUCAAGCCCGCGUCAAGUUUGGAUGAUAGAGCGUUGUUUUUACGACGAUCCUGGCGUCAGGCGCAAAGAGAAGCGGACAUAUUUUGGCAACGCUGGAUCCGUGACUACCUGCCGGAUUUAACUAAGCGCACCAAAUGGUACACCAACGUGAAACCAGUAGCGGUAAAUGAUGUCGUGCUUGUAGUAGACCCAAAUCUUCCAAGGAACUGUUGGCUUAAAGGGCGGGUUAUUGCCGUUUACCAAGCAAUGGACGGACAUGUGAGAUCAGUAGCAGUACAGACAAAAUCGGGGAUAUACGAGCGACCGGCGACAAAGAUUGCCGUUCUGGAUGUUCACCGCGAAGUAAUGGUACACCAGUUACCUGGCAUACCCGGGGGAGAGUGUUGCGACCCCUUGGUCGAUGCGGCUCAUCACGACGAUAUAGCUUGA